AUGAGUAUAUUGAUCAGUGAUGGGCCCUCGAUUAACAAACACCAAACAAACACGCCUCAAACUGGCUCAGAUAGUUCACCAAGUGCUGUCAUUGUUAUGGACAGUCCACUGUCUAAGAAACAGAGAAUUCACAUUGAUCGAGAUGACGAUUCGUCGCUGGAAGAAGAUUCGAUAGACGUGACUAGAGCCUCGAGAUCAAGAACGCCCCGGAAACUCGUUUUGGGAUCUCCCAGUAAACAAUUUGAGAUCUCACAACGUGGAAACUCGUCUUCUUCUAAUGUUCCAUUUUUGCAGCCCCUGAAGGACGAUUUCACAAGCUCGAGAAGUCGAGUGUAUUCACAGUCACCACCAAGAUCACCAAACAGGUCACCCACGCGAAAAUUAGAGCUCAUACAAUUGUCUCCCGCAAAGAAGACAAGACUUGAAAUACAAAGACUUCAAAAUAGUCAGAACGGAGCGGAUAAGGUCCAGCGAUUGUGCAUAAGUCAGUUAGUCUUAACAAACUUCAAGUCAUACGCUGGAACCCAGGUUGUAGGUCCCUUUGAUACUUCGUUUUCGGCCGUUGUAGGCCCCAAUGGAUCUGGAAAAUCGAAUGUUAUCGACUCGCUGCUUUUCGUUUUCGGAUUCCGCGCAAACAAAAUGCGACAAGGUAGACUUUCCGAUCUAAUUCAUAAGUCAGAAGCAUUUCCCUCCUUGGAUUUUUGCCAAGUCGAUAUAUUCUUUCAGUAUGUCCAAGACGAACCGGACGGCAGAACAACUGUUAAGAAGGAUAAACAAGAACUCGUUGUAAGCAGAAAGGCAUGGAAAAAUAGUUCAUCCAAAUACUACGUGUGUGGCAAAGAAAGCAGUUUUACUCAGGUAACGCAGCUUUUACGCAACGAGGGCAUCGAUAUGGAUCAUAAGAGAUUUUUAAUCUUACAGGGCGAGGUUGAAAGUAUAGCGCAAAUGAAACCCAAAGCUGAAAAAGAGAGCGAUGACGGUCUACUAGAAUACCUGGAGGAUAUUAUCGGCACUGCCAAAUAUAAACAGCUUAUAGAGCAGACGCUUUUGGAGAUUGAACAGCUGAAUGAAGCAUGUCAGGAAAAGGAGAAUAGAUUUGAGAUUAUUGAGAGGGAGAAGAGCUCCCUAGAAUCUGGUAAAGACGAAGCAAUGGAAUUUCUUGAGAAAGAGAAACAAUUGACAUUACUGCGAAAUAAGUCCUUGCAACAUAGCCUGUGGCGGAACGACACCAAACUAGCGGACUUUCAGCUCAAAAAAACUGCGCUCGAGGAGAAACUGGCCAAUGAGCGGGAAAAAUAUGCCAAUCACCAGCAGGAGAUAAAGGAGUUGGAGGCCCGAUCUCGGGAUUUCAAGAACAAACUAAAAGACCUGAAGGAAAAGGAGAGGACUCUUAUGCUGAAGAAACGAGAUUGUGAUCGUGAAAAGAUCUCAGCAGAAGAAAGGUUGAAAAAUCUUAAGCAAAAGAAAGUCAAAUCCGAGAAAGCUCAAAGCACCACGCAAUCCUCGAUCGGAAAAACGGAGGUGAGACUUAAUGAAUUGCACAAGGAUCAGGAAAACUACAAUAGUCAGAUUUUGGAAUUGAAUAAAAAUUUGGCGGAAGAAAAGAUCAAAUUAGAUGAGAUCAAAGUUUCACUCAAAGAUAAAACCGGAGCUAUCUCAGAUGAAAUAGCUAAGCUCCAGAAGGAUCUCGAACCCUGGAAUGCUCGCCUACAGGCUAAAACAUCCCAGUUAAAAUUAGAAGAGACCACAAUAUCGGUGUUGAAAGAAUCACACGCCAAAAUUGUACACGAAAUUAAACAAACUGAAGAUGAGAUCUCAUCUCUGAAUGGAAAAAUCAAUACAGCUCGCGAUGCUGUUAGAUCACUCGACCAAGAGGGUGCCACAAUCAAAAAACAAUUGACCAUAGGUCAAAGCGAGUGCGACAACGCAUCUGUCAAAAUAAAAGAGAUGAAAGCGGUUCUUACUGGCCAUCGUCAGCGAAGUAUGGACGCCCGUGCUUCGCUUUCUACAUUCGAGAACAAGAACAAAGUUCUUGCUGCUCUUCUCCGUUUGAAAAAGUCCGGCCGGAUAUCUGGACUUCAUGGUAGAUUGGGUGACCUUGGAAUAAUUGAUGACAAAUUCGAUGUUGCCAUAUCCACAGCUUGUCCGAGGCUCGACGACAUUGUAGUGGAAACAGUAGAUUGUGCCCAGCAAUGUAUUGAUUAUUUGAGGAAAAAUAAGCUAGGAUAUGCGAGGUUUAUUCUGCUCGAUAAGCUUCGAUCUUUCAAUCUAAAUCCGAUCCAAACACCUAGCAACGUUCCUAGACUUUUUGACUUGGUAAAGCCACAUAACGAAAAAUUCAGGAAUGCAUUCUAUAGUGUGCUGAGAGAUACGUUAGUGGCAGAUAAUUUAGGGGAAGCGAAUCGCGUUGCGUAUGGUAAACAAAGAUUUCGAGUCGUGACCUUGGAUGGCAAGAUGAUCGACCUUUCGGGUGCCAUGAGUGGCGGUGGUAAUUACCGAGCGAGUGGGCUUAUGAAGUCGGAACGUCAAGAUAACGCUAGCGCUUUGACUGCAGAAGAUGUUAAGCGUAUUGAUGCCGAACUUGUUGAACGAGAAAAGAACUUCGAGAUAGCAAAUGCGACGCUACAUGAAAUGGAGGAAGCAUUGCAAGCGCUGAAAGAUAGGGAGCCAGAAAUCGGACUUGACAUUUCCAAGCGCGAAAUGGAUAUUGAAUCUCUUCUUCUCGAUAUAAAAGCCAGUGAGCAAAAGCUGGCCAAUCUGCGCAAGGAGCAUGCGGAAAAAAACACUUCAAAUGAGGAAAUGACAUCAGCUGAAGAAAAGGUUGCGAUGCUGAAAGAUGAAUGCAAGCAGCUCAAGGUGGAAAUGAAGUCGAAGAACGUCGCGAUCGACAAUCUUCAGCAAGAAAUUAUGAAAAUAGGUGGAACUAACUUUCAAAUACAAAACUCCAAAGUUGAAUCCAUUGCUCAAAACAUUGAGAUCAUACUAGGUAAGCAGAAAAGAGACAAGAACUCCAUCAGAAAAGAAGAAGGUGAUAUGCGACGCUUCAAUCGACAAAACGAGGAACUUUCUAAAGAACUCGUGAAGUGUACAGCAGAAUUGAAGGGCAUGGAGGAGAAUCUCUCAAAGGCCAGUGAUGCAUUAGCUUCUUUUGAGGAACAACUCGACAAGCACAUGGACAACGUUUCUGAGCUUGAAGAAGAACUGAAGAUUGUCGAGGAACAGCUAGAGCAGAAGUCUACGCAGGACAGUGGAUUCAAGGUGCUGGAGGUUGAUAUCAACAGUCAGCUGGAAAAGCUUCGCGAAGUUACCGUUGCUGUACAAAGAGAGCGCACAAGUCUAGAACGGCAAUUGGAUGCUUUGGAGAUUCGCGACGUUACAGCAAUCCUGGAACAGCUUGAAGAAAACAUUCUACCUUCCGACUACGUGGAUACGCAAAAUGGUGGCCCCGUUCAAAGCAAUAACAAUGAGCAUGGGGACGAUUGCAUGGAUAUCGAUGAAGAGGAAAACACUGGAGGCCAUUCUGACGACCCAAGUCACGGCAUUGAGGUUCAAGACGAAAUGGAAAUUGAUAGUCCCAACGUACAUUCAGUAUUACCAAAGCUUUCGCAACCAGAGUUGGAGGCGUUUGAUGCAGAAGGCGUCAAUCUGGAAAUUGCACAACUGCAAGACUUUAUCGAUAAUGCGCACGUUGAUAUCGAGGUUUUGGAUGAGUAUGCCAAAAGCUUGGCUGAUUUUCGAGCACGUAAACUAGAUCUCAACCUGGCUGUCGAAAAACGAGAGAAUGUUAGGCAAGUCAGCGAAGACUUGAAGAAGAAAAGACUCGACGAAUUUAUGGAUGGCUUCAACGCGAUUUCGUUAACUUUGAAAGAGAUGUAUCAAAUGAUAACAAUGGGAGGAAAUGCCGAGCUCGAGCUCGUGGACAGUUUAGAUCCCUUCUCUGAAGGAGUGCUAUUCAGUGUGAUGCCUCCAAGAAAAAGCUGGAGAAAUAUUUCCAAUUUGAGUGGUGGAGAAAAGACCUUAAGCUCAUUAGCUCUUGUGUUUGCUCUACACAAGUAUAAACCCACCCCACUCUAUGUGAUGGAUGAGAUUGAUGCGGCACUUGAUUUCCGAAAUGUUUCCAUUGUCGCGAACUACAUCAAGGAACGUACAAAAAAUGCUCAGUUCAUCGUGAUUUCUCUUCGAAACAAUAUGUUCGAGCUUGCACAACAACUCGUUGGCAUCUAUAAAAACAGCAACAUGACCAAAAGCGUAGCACUGCAAAACAGGGAUUUCAUUGACCGAGGUUGA